GUCAUUAUAAAAUAAAUGUUACAGCGAUAUAUAUUAGAACCCGCUAUUAAUAUAAUACUUUCCGGUGUUUCCAAGUUUCACCCUUUAUCUCUACAGUCAAACAACUGGCAGCGAUAAGAAAGCAAAGAUGUGCAUUGAAACAGGAGAUAAUCUCGACUACCUGUCCUAUCGCUAUAAUGGUAGAGGAGGUGCGGCCGAAAAUUCCUACGAAGAUGAUAGUCAAGAAGACAUCUGCGUUAUGAAUGCGUGUUCAUGUAAAAUUUGUUUCAACUGCUACACAGAGAUUAUGUUUAAGCAAAGGAAAACCGACGCAGAGAAACUAGUAGAGGAGCUUCUGGGUUUUAGUACACAAGUUACAAGCGAGGAAACAAGAAGUGCUGAAAUAACACUUGAUAUUAAACAAGAAGGGGACCUGCAGGCGGAAUCAGACUAUCAACUACACAAGUCAAACGCUCGAGAACAGUCCGUCCGGCAUGCAGUCUCCAGUGAUGACAAUUUAGAAGCAUACUCAGAAUACGUACAGAACGGUGUGAGCUAUAGAGAUAUUAUUAGAAGUCAUUUGAUAUAUUACGAUUUUGGUGAACUCGAUGAAUAUUUGCGGAAUUAUGAAACAGAACUGCGACUUAUGGCUUUGAGUAAGAAAAUAAGAGCAUCUAUUCAAUCUAUUGACAACGAAAAGCAUAUAUAUAAUUCCAAAUUUGACUUGGAGUUUGGCACAACCAUGGAUUGGCAUUCAUGGGAAGGUUUUGAAUGGAACCAAAGUUUCGAUUUCAUUGCUAUUAAGUGCAGCGAGAGUGAAUUUACAAAAAAUUUGAACGAAAGCUCCUCCGAAGUCUACGAAUUUUGUAAAAAUAAUGAAUAUUGCAAAUGGGCCAACCGCUACGAUUCGGAUUAUUCAAAUAUAUCGUAUAAUUCACUUCGAAAAAAGUUAUCAUUAAAACGAGAAUUUGAUAAACUACAAUAUUCCGUUAGCACAACGCCCGACAGUUCAACGUCAGAAUCGAGUGUUUGGAGUGAUAGCUUUAAUUUCGAUGAUUUACAUGAAUCUGAUGAGCAAUACCAAGCAGAUGUAUCGUCCAGCUUUGAUGACUCUGAAACCGCUGACUUAAUGUGUGAGAAAACCCAAUGUAAUCCACGGCAUAAGAUGAAAACCUCGACAGAAUUUCCUAAAGGUGUUUUGCUUUUCAACGGACUCAGUGAACAAGAAAAGUAUAAGAAGAAGUUAGACGUAAUACAACGAAGAAGGAUCGGUGUUGUUUCAAGAGUAGGGAGCAACACUUCCUCCUGCUCUGAUUCAGACUGUUCCGAAAAAGUUGCUGUCAGGCAUAGACAAAAGGAGCAGUGGAGGGACAAAGUUCACUUCGAGGAAGUUAAAGUCUCUUACAAUGUAGAAUCCAGUCUAUCUCAUGAGCAACUCUGGACCAUUUGUUAUGAUUUAGAUAUUUAUACAAUGCCACGUAAAUGGAAAAGAAGCCUGCGACAGGCACAAAGAGGGGCUCGGCAGCAAAUCCGCCAAUAUUUCGAAGAACUUAAAUCCAAAUUUGGCACUGAAUUGAACAUAUCAGCCGCUAUAUCUAAUAACUGGCAAACGAAAUAUGAUUUUCUAGAUUAUGAUUGCACUUGGCUGUACGACGAUCAACAUCAGCCUGAUUUGUCGACAAGUUCUGAUGAAACAUUAACAUGCAUUUCAUCCUGCUCAGACGUCGAUGAACACGCGUAUAACACGAACCCAGAAAGCAUUGUUAAACCUAGGAGAACACUGUUUCCUUAUUUCGAGGCUAAACUCAAUUCAAAGGCGAAGCGAGGCACUCAAAUAGCAGAAUAUACUCAAUUAAAGCAGUUUGAUUCGGAUGAAAGCUUUGAGUUUUAUGGUAGAUCAAAACCGAUUUGGUGUGCGUAACCAGCUUUUGUUAAACAUAUUAAUAAAAAAUCUUUUUGUAUUAAAAAUAUGAGUUUUGGAUAUUUAGGUAAAAGCUAUAAAUACGAUUAUAUACCUAUAUGUGUAAGUAAAUUUUUAAAGGUUAAGCUUGAGUGCAGCAAGCUGUGGAGAUAUUCGAAGGGAUUUCCUUAUCCAAACGUUUUAAUUAUUAAACAUAAAUAUUGAAGAUGUAUACAUUUUAUAAAAGUAGAAUUAAUAAAUGUGUAAAAUUAUUUUUUUUUUGAUAAACAUAUGGGUGAAUUAAAACAUA